AUGACGGAAACACCAACUUCAACGACGACCACGAGUGUCGGGACGUCGAUUCCGUCGCCUGGUCUCACGACAACCACAACCGCUGGUCCGCUCGGUCCCAUCGUGCUCGAAGACUUUACACUGCUUGACCGCCUUGCGCACUUUGACCACGAACGCAUUCCCGAGCGGGUCGUGCACGCCAAAGGCGGUGGAGCUUUUGGGUACUUUGAAGUCACGCACGCUGAUAUCACCAAGUACUGCAGUGCCAAGCUGUUUAGUAAUGUAGGAAAGCGCACGCCUGUAGCCCUUCGGUUUUCGACCGUAGGGGGUGAACAGGGCAGUGCUGACACGGUGCGGGACCCUCGAGGGUUUGCUAUUAAGUUUUACACGGAAGAGGGCAAUUGGGACCUAGUAGGGAACAACACGCCGAUUUUCUUCGUGAGGGACCCGAUGCUAUUCCCAAGUUUUAUCCACACGCAGAAGCGUUUGCCCCACUCGCACUUAAAAGAUCCCGACAUGAUGUGGGACUUUUUCUCGCUACGGCCUGAGACUUUGCAUCAACAGAGUUUUCUGUUUACGGAUCGGGGCAUCCCUGACGGGUUCCGGUUUAUGAAUGGCUACGGAAGUCAUGCUUUUUGUAAUGUCAAUGCAAAAGGGGAGACGUCGUACGUCAAGUACCACUUUAAGACGGAUCAGGGGAUCCGCAAUUUGUCCGUGGAUAAGGCCGCCGAGUUGGCAGGUUCGAAUCCGGACUAUGCCGUGCAAGAUCUCUAUGAAGCUAUUGCUAAGAAGCAGUAUCCGUCGUGGACGCUGUAUAUUCAAGUGAUGAGCCUGGACGAGGCGGCCAAAGCGACGUUCAACCCUUUUGACGUGACCAAGACCUGGCCACAUAGUGCUUACCCGCUGAUUGAAGUGGGUCGCCUUGCACUCAAUCGGAACCCCAGGAAUUACUUUGCCGAGAUUGAGCAGCUCGCGUUCUCGCCGUCGUUCAUGGUACCGGGUAUUGAGCCAUCACCGGAUAAAAUGUUGCAGGGUCGUCUGUUUUCGUACCCGGACACGCAGCGUCACCGGCUGGGUACGAAUUACCUUCAGAUUCCCGUGAAUCGGCCACUGAAAGUACCUCAGACGUAUCAGCGCGACGGUGCUAUGGUUGUCAAUGGCAACAUGUACGAAGCUCCGAAUUACUAUCCAAACAGUAAAGGAGGACCAUCUGAAGACACGUCGCAGCGUCACCGCGCGUACCGCGGCGACUUUUCAGUCGUGGACAAGUACUCGACGUAUGACGAUGACAAUUACUCGCAAGUUGGUGAGUUCUACCGCAAGACGCUGGAUGCUGCUGGUCGAGAGCAUCUUACAGACAACAUUGCUACUUCGCUCGUGAACGCGUCGAAACCAGUGCAGGCUCGUGCAAUUGCGAACUUUACCAAGUGUGAUGAAGAUUAUGGACGUCGCGUGCAGGAAAAAGUGGACGCACUGGCUGCUCAGAAGAAGCACGAGGACCCGACUUCACUCCCGGCUCCAUCGCAGCUGAACCCACCACGGAAGCCCUUUGAAGUAGCCCCACCAUCGGAUGUUAUGACUCCGCGGCUGUAG